AGAUAUGUGAUUGGAUAUCUUGCCCAAGACAGCAACGCGGAGCAUAGUUCCAACUUAUCCCCAUUGCUGAUAAAGACCCCUAAAAAGGUCUUCUCGCAGGCCGUCUCUCAAUAUUGUGAGAAUUCCGCGUUGUUCACUAUGGUGUUUGAUCUUGGUGACUAUCCUGAGUGGUUGGAUAAAUACGACGUGAUCUUGAACAUGCACCGGCAGAUUUUAACCAUGUUUUAAUUGAUUUACUAAGAUUGAAUUGUGUGUUCAAACCGACAAGUUUUCUUGUUUAAUUUAAUUUUGCUUUGAAUUGAUUUUUUUUUUUUUAUUGCAUUUUUUUUAUUGCAUGGCAGCUCUCGGCUACUAUACCUGACUACUCCACAAUCCUUUUUUUGACUGCCGUAAAAACCCAAAAUAUAUUUUUAUGGCGUUUCUCUGGUGGGAUUCUGUGUUUUUCAAACAGGCAAAAAAAUCUUGCGUGGGAUAGUAGGGGCUUUCCCUCUCUACCUUCCUUAAUUUACAUUCAAGAUGGCAGACACAGAAGUGGGCCACAGGAUUUGUGAAAGUCCAGGCUGUGAUAAACUGGCUAAACUACAAUGCCCUACUUGUAUUAAACUUAAUAUUAGUGGUAGUUACUUCUGUGAACAGAGUUGUUUCAAGGCUAGUUGGAAAAUACACAAGUUAAUUCACAAGAAAACAGAAAACACGUUGAGUAAUCUUAUGCAACAUUUAAAUGGAAGUAGCAGCACAAAUACAAGUCCUUGGCCUGGGUAUAUUUAUACUGGUGCACUACGACCUUAUUAUCCACUGAGUCCUAAAAGACAUGUACCUGAGCACAUAGCUCGACCUGAUUAUGCAGACCAUCCAGAAGGUUAUCCUGCAAGUGAGAUGGAAGUAAAAAGAAGUACACAGAUUAUUGUUCAUACAUCUGAAGAUAUUGAGAAGAUGAGAACUGUUUGUAGGCUGGCACGGGAAUGCCUGGAUGCUGGUGCAAAAGCUGUUCGUCCAGGUGUUACCACCGAUGAAAUAGAUCGAAUAAUUCAUGAGGCCACUAUUGAAAGAAACUGUUAUCCAUCACCACUGAAUUACCAUAACUUUCCUAAGAGCUGUUGCACCUCUGUCAAUGAAGUUAUAUGUCAUGGUAUUCCUGACCAGAGAGAAUUACAAGAGGGAGAUAUUGUAAAUCUCGAUGUGACGUGUUAUUACGACGGUUUCCAUGGGGAUUUGAACGAAACUCUCUUCGUCGGGAAAGUCGACGACGACACUAAGUUGCUGGUUGAGACAGCGUAUGACUCUUUGAUGGCCGCUGUUAACGAAGUGAAACCUGGGGCUAGAUAUCGUGACAUGGGGCAGUACAUACAAAAAGAAGCACACGCUAAUGGUUGUUCCGUCACAAGAACUUACUGCGGUCAUGGUAUACAUCGGUUAUUUCAUACAGCUCCAAAUGUUCCACACUAUGCUAAAAACAAAGCUGUUGGCGUAAUGAAACCUGGUCACGUGUUCACUAUAGAGCCAAUGAUAAAUAAAGGUACUUGGCGAGAUGUGCUAUGGCCUGAUGACUGGACAGCUGUCACUCAGGAUGGGCAGCGUUCAGCACAGUUCGAGCAAACGUUACUUGUCACCGAGACCGGCGUAGAGAUCUUAACAGCGCGAAAAGAAAACAACGGCAGGCCAUAUUUUAGAGAUCAAUUGGACGGUGUACCAUUAUGAGAAAAAAUACGUAUACCCAUACGUAUCUUUAUAGCAGCUUUUCGGUGGGGGAAAACGUCCGAUAAAAACAGAUUCUCCGUCCGGGGAAAAGGCGUCUAAAAAGCGUCUACACUCCUCCAGUUUACUCGAUCGGAUAGUAUACUGGAAUAUCGUAAUGCGACCAGUUUAUUUUUGGAACUUUUUAUUAUUAGUAAUGGAUUUUUUUACGAAAUUAUAAUGUCAAAAAAUCUA